CGCGCGCUUUCCGAAAAGCGCUAAAAGUUUCGGCGCGCUCCUUCAGAUGAACGGCGAUUAACCAUGAGUUUCGUGCAAGUUCACAGCGAUGUAAUAAAGCUUCUCUUCGAAAAUCUUGGCAAGGAGUUUCGUGACAAAAAGACAGUUUCCACUAAAACGCUGAAUGAGCUGGACCACAUCUUUAGAGCUCCCCUUCAGCCGGCGUUGAGACUCGUUGACAGACGUCGUGUCAAGCGCCUAACAUGCCCACGAGGCCGUGUGGUCUACCAAGUAUCCGGCGAAACGAGAGCGUUCUAUACCUGCCUGCCAAGCAGCAACUUCUGCGCCUGCUAUUCGUAUCUGCACCAAGUACUACGAAGACAAGAGAUACCAAUGUGUAAACACGUACUUGCAUCAAGACUGGCAGAAGCACUUGGAACCUGCGAAGACGUCCGCUGCACAGACGACACAAUGGCAUUCUUGUUGCAAAGCCUCAGUUAAAUAUGGCUGCACACAGGCUGCUGUUAUCAGCUAAGUAGGUUUAGAAAAAUCUGUACAGAAGAAUGUUAAAAGAAGGCUGCACACCCCAGACAUGUAUGCCGCUCGGACAACCACGGUUUGAAUAAAUU